UUUGUGAGUCUGAGCGGCACUUCUGUCCCAUAGAAUGGGCAGUUGGAAAAUACAGUUCAGUCUACAAUAGUCAAACGAAUCUUUCAGGCUGCUCCUUUUUACAGUUUGUUAUAUAUAUAUAUAAAAAAACGGAAAUAUUUUAAAAUGAUUGAUACCAUCGAAAAAGAAGACAAUAUAAUCAGCGAGGAGGAGGCUGCUCAAUAUGAUCGUCAGAUUCGCCUGUGGGGUCUGGAUGCCCAAAAGAGACUUCGAGGAUCUCGAGUACUUCUUGUUGGACUCCGGGGUCUUGGUGCAGAAGUGGCAAAGAACCUUAUUUUGGCUGGGGUCAAAGGGCUCACGCUCCUGGACCAUGAGCAGGUGACAGAGGAGUCCAGACGCGCUCAGUUCCUGAUCCCUGUGGAUGCAGAUGGUCAGAACCAAGCCCAGGCCUCACUGGAGAGAGCGCAGUUCCUUAACCCAAUGGUAGAGGUGAAGGCAGACACAGAACCAGUGGAGAGCAAGCCCGAUGACUUUUUCUUCCAGUUUGAUGCGAUUUGCUUGACUGGGUGCUCUAAGGACCUGAUGAUGCGAGUGGACCAGCUGAGUGCCUCCAGGAACAUUAAGAUCUUCUGCGGAGAUGUAUUUGGCUACCAUGGGUACAUGUUCUCCAACCUCGGCCAGGAGUAUCACUAUGUAGAAGAGAAGCCCAAAGUAGUGAAAGCUUCUGGUGAAGCCAAUGAUGGUCCUGAGGCAAAGAAACCAAAGGUUGACCCCAAUGAGACAACCAUGGUGAAAAAGACUGUCAGUUUCUGCUCUUUCAAAGAGGCUCUGGAAGUUGACUGGACAAGUGAAACAGCCAAAAGCAGUCUAAAGCGCAUUCCUGCAGACUACUUCCUUCUACAAGUACUUCUGAAGUUCCGUACAGAUAAAGGUUGCGAUCCUCAGCCUGCCAGCUUUGCUGAAGACUCAAGCUUACUCCUACAGAUCCGUGAUGAUGUUUUUGAGAGCUUGGGCGUGAGUUCGGAGCUGCUCCCCAACACCUUUGUGAGUUACUGUUUCUCUGAGAUGUCCCCAGUGUGUGCUGUAGUUGGAGGAGUUCUUGGGCAAGAAAUAGUCAAGGCACUGUCUCAGAGAGAUGCUCCGCACAGGAACUUUUUCUUCUUUGACGGCCUAAAGGGGAGCGGGGUGGUGGACUACUUUGGAUCCAAAUAAGUAGCCCCUGGAGAACACUGAGAGAUGAGCACUUUAGAUGUGUGGGGAUGUAUGUGUGCUCUCAAAACACCAUGCAGUUUGUUUUCAGCAAGUGGCCGCAGGCAUCAAAAUCUGUCUUUGGACUGUACCUUUGCAUAUCUGAAUGCCACAUUGAUUGAUGCCAGGAGCAACAAGAACAUACUGUCCAGCUUUUUGUUCACACUCAUAAAUAUAGAUGCAAACAUUUUUUUCCACUAGGGUUAAACAAGACUAGUGACUUGUGAUUUCUACGUUUUGUAUUAAAAUAAAACAUUCAAUGCAUUUGUUUUGGAUUGUAAGUGCUUCUGCUGUCACAAUAACACAUAAUAAGACGGUGCCUUCUAAUCUGUCCCUGAACGUCCCUUUGCUGUGCACGUGGCACUGACAUAGAAAGAACUAAUGAAGUAAACAAGUUAAAACUAUUUUAUUUAAAUCAGGGAAUGUUUUGUGUGCCCUUAAACAAUUUAAAACAAUUUUAAAAAUGAAUUUAUGCAUAUAAAAUUGUGCUCAUAAUUCUACAUAGCCCUUGUGGAGUCUGCAAGAUUAUUAGCUUUUUUUAUUUUUUAAUAAGGGAUAAUUUUUUUGAAGUACUGUCCUGAAAAAGUCGCAUAACAGAUAUUUCAAUAUAUUUCACAAGAUAAAAUAAAUAAAAUUACAAAAUGUAUACAAAAUGUAUUAAACAAAUGUUUACACGCCCUUGGUUCUUAAAGGAAUAUUCUGGGUUCAAUGCAAGUUAAGCUUAAUUGUCAGUAUUUGUGGCAUAACAUUGAUUACCACAAAUAAAAUAAUCAACUCCUCCCUCAUUUAUAUAAAAAUCGUGGUUAUGAUGAGGCACUUACAUUGGAAGUGAAUGGGGCCAGUCCAUAAUUGGGGUAGUUCACCCAAAAAUAAAAAUUCUCUCAUCAUUUACUCUGCUCCAUACAAUGCUAGUAAAUGGUGGCCAUGUGGUUAAAUCUAUAUCUUCAGAAGCAAUAUGAUACUUUUUUUUAAUUUUUUUUACUAUAAAUUCUCCCUGCUCAGUAGAUGGCUAUACAUGUGAAAAAUGUGAAUCGCCAUUAACAGAAGAAAGAGAAAAUGGAGAUUUAUAGUAAAAGGCUUAAAUAUUGAUCUGUUUCUCAUCCACACCUAUCAUAACGCUUCUGAAAACAUGGAUUUUUACUACUGGAGUCAUAUAGAUUACCAUUCACUUGCAUUGUGUGGACCAGCAGAGCUAAAAAUCUUCAUUUGUGUUCUGCUGAAGAAAGAAAGUCACACACAUCUGGAAUGGCAUUUUUGGGUGAAUAAAGACACUUUCAAAAGAACAUCCACAAGACGUUAACAUUACAUGUGUUAACAUGACUCUAGAGUGAGAUAAUCUCUGUUCUAUAUGAUUUUAAUGUGAUAAAAUUACUUACAGUGUUUACUAUCAUUGUGUUUUCAUGGUAACGAAGUAGUAAUAUUGGAUGUAAGUUUACACUGAUAAGGUUUGCAAGCGAUUUUUAUCAUGCUAAAAUCAUGUUAACGUACAAUGUUUACAUAUUGAAUCUAUACUUUUGAAUGUGUAUAUUUACAUUGAAAUUGCCUUACUGUAACUGAAUUUUUUUAAAUAAA